GAUUAAAUAACAUAUUUUGGACACCCUUAACAGAACAAAGUGUUGUAGCCCAGUGGUUUCAUGUAAGGUGGCCCCCAUCAUCACGUAUAACCUAGAAGAAGAAAUCAACAAAGUUAAGUUAUGGUCAAAAUGGACCCUAUUACACGCUACCACACCAAUUAUACGUACUACUUUCUCCAAGGACCUUGUUUAAAACUACUUGCCCCCAUGCAUCACUUUAUUAUUAUAUAUAAAUACCUACCUUCUUUCAUUUAUCACACAUUCUUUUAAUUCAUAGCUUAAUUACCUUCUUUCAUUUCUCACAUUCUACUAAUUCAUUCAUUAACCUAAUUGAUCAUAUAAUUAUUCAAUAAAUAUCUACCUUCUUUCAUUUAUCAGUUAUCACACAUUCUUUUAAUUCAUAGCUUAAUUACCUUCUUUCAUUUCUCACAUUCUACUAAUUCAUUCAUUAACCUAAUUGAUCAUAUAAUUGAUAUCCAUCUUUACGGAGAAAAUGUUGGUCCAAAUCAAUGGUGUUAAUAAGAUUCAUGAGCUUCUUCCGGCGAUUAACGAUGAACAUGGAGGUGUAAUUGUGCAAGUUGAGAGUCCUAUGGAACCUAAUGUCUUUCAUGACAUGCUUAAACAUUCGAUAACAAAGUGGAAGAUGCAGGGAAAGAAGGGUGUAUGGAUUAAAAUCCCUAUUGAACUUGCAAAUUUGGUUGAGAUUGCAGUUAAGGAAGGGUUUCGGUACCAUCAUGCAGAACCUGAUUACUUGAUGCUUGUGCAUUGGAUUGCCGAUAGUGAGAGUACUAUACCUGCAAAUGCCUCACACAAAGUCAGCAUUGGUGCUAUUGUCCUCAAUCACAAAAGAGAGUUGCUUGUUGUGCAAGAGAAUAUUGGCAGAUUAAAGGGAAGUGGUAUAUGGAAGAUCCCUACCGGUACUCUUGAGGAGGGUGAGAGUAUAUUUGAAGGUGCAAUAAGGGAGCUAAAAGAAGAAACUGGAAUUGACACGGAAUUUAUGGAAGUGCUUGCAUUCAGGCAAAUACCCAAGUCAUUUUUUAACAAGUCAGACUUAUUCUUCCUUUGCAUGAUGCGUCCAUUAUCAUUUCACAUCCAAAAGCAAGACUUAGAAAUUGAGGCCGCUCAGUGGAUGGCAUUUGAAGAGUAUGCUAAUCAACCUUUAAUUCAAAAAGAUGGUCUUUCAAAGUACAUUAGAGAUUUAUGUUUAGCAAAAUCAGAAGGAGAUUACCAAGGAUUUACUCCAAUGACAAUAACAUCAUCAGUCAUUGAUGAUCAUAUUAGUUCCCUCUAUUUUCUUAAGGAUGCUCUUCACCAGGAUUAAUUAAUUAUAGUACUUCUAUUUACCUAAUUUGUUAUAAAUACUAAUUAUUUAAUUUUUGAUUUCA